AUCUUAAACCAUUUUUUCUGGUUCAAGAUCCCAGCUCUUCUUGCAGGUCCUUUGCAGUUUUGUCAGCCUCAUACUAUAAUUUUAAUCAUUCAUCCGAUCCAACUUAUUAGUUACCUGUUAACUACCUAGUUAGCCAAUCUAAAAACUGCACAAUCUUUUACCUAUGGAUCGGUAACAAAUAUCGACACAAGAGAUACGCCCAAGAAUCUUCUUCCUAUCCCAUAACGAGAACCCAUACCAUCCCAUCUCAUCCCAUAUUCCCAAAACCCCCCAAAAUGGCAGACAAAUCCGCCGCCGCCGUCGUCCCAACCUCCCUCCUCCUCUCCACCAGCGUCGUGGUCUUCAUAUCCGGCUUCCUGCUGGGCAUGUACUCGGUGCGCGGGUACCUGUUCAUCUCGCCGGCCCUGGCCUCCCAGCGCGCGGGCAACUUCAACGACCCCCUCGAGAGCGAGGAGUCCGACAUCGACGACGACACCGUCCUCGACCACGCCCCCAACUGGGCCAACGGCGAGGACGCCGACCGCAGGGACGGGCUCAAGGCCUCCCAGCCGCCGAACAGGCCGAACAAGAACAAGACGGCUCCCCAGCAGCAACAAACCGUAGCCGAAGGGUCCGCAGACGAGGAGUGCAAGCUAGUCCUGGUCGUACGAACAGAUCUCGGCAUGACGAAAGGCAAAAUCGCAGCGCAAUGCUCCCACGCGACCCUCGCCUGCUACAAGACGCUCUCGCGCGCCGCGCAGCGCAACCCGUCCUCGCCCGAAGCGCGCCUGCUCCAGCGCUGGGAGCGCCGGGGCCAGGCCAAGAUCGCCGUGCAGGUGAAGUCGGAGGGCGAGCUGCGGGAGCUGCGGGCCAAGGCGCGCGGCCUCGGCCUCACCGCCGAGGUCAUCCAGGACGCCGGCCGCACCCAGAUCGACCCCGGCAGCCUCACCGUCUUGGGCGUCGGCCCCGCCCCCAAGAGCCUCGUCGACAGCGUCACCGGUUCGCUCAAGCUGUUAUGAUAUAUGAUCGGGGGGGUGGGGAUGGGUUACUACCUAGGUACAUAGGGCUUAAUCUUUCAUGACGCGAACAUGGUCGGCAAUGCAUAUCACCGAAGCAAAUAUCAGUUAGACAGGUUAGAGGUAGGCAUAUAGACGUGGGUAAUACGGGCAGGGCAGUAUGAACUACAUUAAGGAGCGCGAAAUAUACCCGCAGCCGCAGGCGGACACCCAUCAUCGGAUUGCUUAUAAAAGUGCAUAUAGGUUGGAGUUACAACACCAAGUCGGGUUAUGAUUUUUUUUUCUUUCGCGGUUUUAUUAAUUUCCCUCUCCCCUAAGUUGUAAGGCUCGGACCUGAUUUACAAAGUGAAGAAGCUCUAAGUCUUCCAAUUACA